CAUGGCAGUUUGAUGUCCUAAAAUGAAACUAAAAGUGUGGGGCUUUUAGGGGAAGUCCGACACAUACAUGUUGACUGCAUUUUUCGAUUGCACUAUCGUGUGCAGCUACAUUGUGUAGUGUAGUUUUUAAAAACGACUCGAAAUUUACCUAAAGAAAUAUGACACAGUAUUGGACUAUUUACAAGAUCUUGGCCAUCACAUUGGCGUCAGCCUUCAUACGCGCGUCUCAUAAUAGUUGUCCCGUGAUGGAGUGUUGGUUUGUGCAGGAGAAGCCGGGAAGAGGUGGCUUCUCUGCAGCCGUCUCACAGGAGAAGUCUCUGAUGUACAUCAGAACGGACCCCGAUGACAGUAGCUUCAUGCAGCUUCACCCCCCUGCAGACAUAGACCUGUCCAGGGUUUACUAUGUCACCGAUCCUGCUGCUUCCUUCUGCCGUGCCCCUCUCCAUCCACCAGAGGGCUCUGUGACAAAGCCACAGUGUGAGAUUAACCCUUUCGUGCCUCACCCGUCCACUGUUCGCUGGGCUACUUCGCUCACUGAAUCUGGCCAAAGCCCCAUUCACCUGCAAGCUGAUUGGUUCUCAGUAGCUGCACAAGGAUUGGAUGGAAAGUUGGUAUUCUCCGCUAUCAUGCGUGCCCCUUCAGGAUCCAAAGAACCUCAUGUCAUCCUCAGUGUCAGCAGUAGAACUGCAUCCGUCCACUUUCGUCUGGGUGAGCGGGUGAUGCUGGACUGUGGCUUCUGGGUAGAUCCCUCUUCUCCGCUCUCUGGGGCAGGCUUCUCUGUGGAGUGGCGCUACCAGUUCCGUGGAGAAGGCCGUCUGGUCCUGGCUUACGAUGGAAAGAAUGACCGCCUGGCUGACACCGGAGAGCCGGAUGCAGCGUUGGACUUCAAUGCCCUGCACGAGACAGGAAAUGCAUCACUGAUUCUGGAGGAAGCUCAAGUGCGCCACUCAGGCACCUACAUCUGCUCAGUUUACCUGCCAAACCUGCUGGCACAGGUGGCACUGGACCUGGAGAUAGUAGGUGAGGACAGUGACCUGGGUUUUGGGCAGGAAUAGGGGACCAAAAUAAUGUGCCACAGAACUAACAGGUAGUGAAAUCUUUCCAUCUGUUGAGUGCUGUUGAUGUUAUGUUAGUUAUGCUGACUGUUGAUGUUAUUGUUAGUUUGUCAUUCUCUUUGUAUUGCUAGUUAGUUAUUCUGUUAUUGGUUCCUUAAGUAUUUACUCUAUGUCGUGCACAUAAGGAUUGAUAACUGAA